ACCUCUGCAUUUGCUUGCAUUGUUUUGUUGUCAGUGCAUGCACUGUAUCUCGACUUCAAAGGCUAUUCCAUGUUGAAGGAUUAAGCUGUGAUACUGUAGAGGAUUUGUCUGGAAUACGUGCGGUGCUGGCCGAGGGUGAUGAAAUACCUACUAAGACCAUGAAGGUUUUGGCCACUAGUUUCAUCCUUGGGAGCCUGGUGUUGGCCAUCUACCUGCCUCUGGUGGUGACUUCAUCUAAAACACUGGCCAUCCCCAAGAAAUUGCAAGAAGCUGUGGGAGAAGUUAUUGUCAAUGCUACAACUUGUACUGUCACCUGUGGCCUUGGUUAUAAGGAGGAGACCAUCUGUGAGGUGGGCCCUGAUGGGGUGAGGAGGAAGUGUAAGUCCCAGCGCUUGGAGUGUCUGACCAACUGGAUCUGUGGAAUGCACCAUUUCACCAUUCUUGUUGGGGAGGAAUUUGAGCUUAGCUGUCUGAGUUCAGACAUCCUAGAGAUCGGGCAGGAAGCUUUCCGCUUCACCUGGAGACUCGCGCGGGGUAUCAUCUCGAUUAACGAUGAGGUCUUCAAACCCUUCCGAGCCAACUCCUACUUUAUAAGAUUUAAACCUGCUCAGGAGUAUGACUGUGGGACAUACCGCUGUGACGUACAGCUGUUAAAAAACUUACGACUUGUCAAGAGGGUCUAUUUUGGGCUGAGAGUCCUUCCUCCGCAAUUGGUGAACCUGAAUUUCCAGCAGUCCCUAACUGAGGAUCAGAAGUUACUAGAUGAGGGCUUGGAAGUUAAUCUGGAUAACCAUUCCAAGCCUUACCACCCAAAGUGGCAAAAAAAGGUAGCCUCAGCCGUGGCCGUAGGCAUUGCCAUUGGAAUGGUUGGUGGCGUGUUGGUGAGCAUUGCUCUCUGCAAUGUGCUGAGGGGGAUCUCUAGCAAUGACAGCCUCAAGAGCUUACGAGCCUUGUUCCUGGGGAACUGGCUGCCCAGGAAACCAAGCUUUCUUUUUAGGAGAGUGUUCUGGCUGCCGGAUAGUGGACUGGCUGAGAAGAAGGGCUCCCAUGCCCAAAAGGCUGGGUGA